AUGGACCCAAAUGAAGACACCCCUCCAGAAGAGCAGCCGGCUCCAUCUGGCGAACAAGAUGACCUGACGGACCAACCCCAAUCCUUAAUCGAGGUCAACCCCGCCCAACCAGUCCUCUUCUGCGACGUCCACCUCUCGCAACGAGACGUCCGCAACUGGUCCAAAAAAGACGCCUUUCGCCAUUUCUACGUGAACUGGCGCGAAGGAAUGAACCAAGUCUUCCAAUUUACCGUCCGCCCCUCAAUCCACCACACCGAAAACAACGACUUCGUCUACGUCAAUACCGCACAAUCCCACCAGACAGAUCCCUCCUGGGGCUUCAUCCUCUUCAACAAGGAAAAGGGCAUCUUAUCGUUCAAUAUCAGAGACGGCCUGAAGCUCCGCAGAUACCUCGAUCAGGGCCAGCUGUCAGUGUCAUCGAACAACCUUCUUAAAGCCGCGAUGGUCAUGACGCUGGCUGGGUACCAGGUGCGCUUCGAGAGCCGUGAGAAUCAGUGGGAUUUCUUCUUGAGUGAAGCUGGGUCGUUCUGUUUCACAAGGGGUUCGUCGACGGAGGGUGCGUUUUUGGCGUCGCUGAAUCAGUUGUCGAAUGAGAAUGCUCCGCCUGAGGGUAUUUCUGCGCAGGAUUUGGCUAUUACUAUUGGUCCUGGGGAAUCUGGGACUCAUCGAAGGGUCUCGCAUGAGCAGCUGAUCAAGUGGCUUGGCAUUACUAUAGAGAUAACCAACUUCGCCCAACCUCGUCAAAUCAUCUGCACUCCAUACGGCGAUCUUAUCUACGACCCCGACUUUGUGAACAGAAUCUUCAUCAACGGAAUCCAGGUCUCGAACCCCAAAGUCGGAUCCUUCCUGCUAGGGUAUCAUUUCCGCGAUGACGAGCUUGUAUCUGAUACUGGGGCCUUGGUUCUUUCUGAUAACGAAGCGAGGCUGCGAACUCUGAUCUGGGAGACUGCUAUUGGUGUGAAUGUGCAUAACGCCAAAGUCUUUAUUGCAUUUUUGAGGGUUAGUCCAGGUGCGCUUGAUGUUAGAAGUGUGGGGAGGUUUCUGGGAAAUGAGAGUGUGAAGAGGAUUUGGGAAGUAUUGGUGGAGGACUUGGGAACGGACAAGAUAUUUUGUCAGGAGACGGACGACUUCGACGAGGUCAAGCGCCGCACAAACAGGGAGAUUGCGGUCAUUUCCAGCGCUCUCUGGUCGAUACUUCGUGCUCCGCUAUUGAUUCGCACAUGGUCCGAGGAACUCCUCCACAAAGCUUCCCCGGCCGAACCCGCACUCGACACCCCCUUCGCCAUAACAACGAAACGCGCCUUCGAUGCUCUCCUACAAAUCGACCCCAUAACCGCUAAUCUAACCAUAACCUGGGUGGACUAUCCCCUCUAUCCACCCUUGGUUCACGCCGACGCAAAGGCCCGGCGCAUGGCACUUAGCAAGUACUGGCUGCACUUUAUAUGCGCACACACGCUCUCUCCGUGCAGACUGAGCGAUCUGGCCAGACAAACAAAGGUGAGAUAUAACUAUCUUCAAUGCGACCAUAUCGUUCUGGCGAUGCAUAGCAAAAUCGUGGAGCUCAUUUCCCAACGGUCCUGCGAUCUAACUCCUGUGUACUGGGCCACUGCUGUGCAGAAGAUGGCUGCUGAGAAGCUCGAGGAGAUGCCAAGGUGUAUUGAGGUAGUUGGUGAUACCCUGGAUCCGAGUCGGUUGUUCGUGACUUGGGAGCUAGGGUUAUCGCAGCAGACCGUUAGGUUCGUGCAGAGUGGGUACCAUGUUGUACUUCAUAGGGGAGAUUGUGUGGUUGCUUUGACGCAGCUCGUGCAUAAUGGUGAAGUAGAUACCUCGUCCCUCACAGCGCCAUGCGGCUGUCCCCAAAAGGUCGUGGGCCGACAAGAAACCCAAGCCACAUUCGAAGGCCUCUCCCCCAUGGAGACACACAUACCAGUUGUCUCCCUCAAUGCCAAAAACUCCAUUUACGCAUCCGUCACCAAACCCUCAACUCCCUCCCAACCAACCGCUGCAUCUCCUGCCCAACAAGAAACAGAUCCGCCCGAGAUUGAAUCUAUCCGCCGCGAACACUUGUUCAAAUUCAACGAAAACUGGCAGAAAACAACAUUUCCUGUUUUAUUUGCGCAGUUCACUCCGCGAACCGGGAUUACCGGCUCUGGCUCUGAGUUGAUCGGUGCCUUUCCGCCUGUGCCUGUGGCUGUUUUGGAGAGUUCACGUCUGAACUUUCGGUUUGAAAGGUGUCAGUACGUGAGUGUACAAGCCCACUCGGGUGUAGGAGAAGGAGAUGUGGAGCAGUUCAUUUUGUACAUCCAUGGAAUUCAUGUGCCGGGUGCUAUGAACCUGCUGCAUGGAGAGGGGAGAUUGACCGUGACUGCGUUUUCGUUCUUGAGGACAACAUCUUUGUGUCUGUUUCAUCUGGGCCUAUCCUCGCUUGCACAGAGUCAGGGGAAGGAGGACGUUGGACUGCGGGAAUUGCUGCUGCAUUAUCAGAAUUUCGACGAGAUGGGGUACCGACAGGAUGCGAUUAUCUUCCCGAUUGAGAGUAUCGUGUCUGUUGAAGCUAUCAACCCGGCUACUUUGGGACCAUUUGAGGCCGUGCAAUAUACUGUUGAUCCUCCUGAUCCCUCUCGAACCGGCUACUAUUGUCGUUUUGCAGUCCGUUGUAAUGGACCACCCGAUUCCGCGGUCAUGAUGCCCGUCGCGUCUCAUUUGCUUACACAUUCCAAGCGUUGGCCAGAACCGCGGUAUAUUUCUGGUGUGCCGUCGGUUAUCGAUUUGACUCCGGGGUGUCUAGGACCCGCGGAGGGGUUUGCGCAGGCUGGUGCCAGGAUUGAUGCGGCGAUGGGGUUUGAUUCUGUGAGGGAUUGCACGUGGAAGGCACGAUACCCAUACACCAAAGUCUAUGACGGCCGCAUCGAAACCGUGCUCAACGACCUCAAACGGAAAAGACUCAACCAACCCCCCUGCGACCCUCGCAGCCAAGCACCAAGGAUCAUCCUCCUCUCGCUCCCUGAACGAGAAAAAGCACUCCAGCAAUGGGAUCGCAGUCUCGAGGAUGCGGAAAUUUUUCGAAUAAUGCCGUUGAUUAUCUCCGCGUUCACGCAGAGACCUGAUUUUCUCGUUCUUUCUCUUCCGCCAUGGAUUCUUGUCGAGCGAGCUUGGCUCGAGCUGUUCAAGGGACUGUGGACGCUCCUGAUCAGCCGGUACGCGAUUCAUAUGCGGCGUGUUUCGUUUACAGAUUAUGGGCUAGCCCGCGACGGGACCAUGCUUGUCAUCGUUGCUUCCUGCGUCCCGACGCCAAUCCCUUGGGAUACCAUCUUCGCAACAACAGCCACCACCACAGGAAAACCCAACCCAAAAGCAACGGUCCAAUCCGUCAUCAAAGACCUAUCCUUCUCCAACCCCCGCAAGACCACCACAGAACACACCACCAACACCACCUUCAGCACAGCCCUCAUCUGCAAAAACCCCCAAACCGCCGCAGACGUCUACAACCACCAAACCCUCACCUACAACACUCCCUCCACAAACCCCCUCCCCCAAGACCACAACCACACCCUAAAUACCCCCCUCUCCCUCCCCCGCCUCUCCACAACAACCCACCCGCUUACCCUCCCUCCAGCCCCGCACCCAGCAGGUCCCGUCUUCUUCCCCUUCUUCCCAGCAGCGAUCCGGCCCAUACCCACGCUGCCGAGUGAGUACGCGCAACCGGUGAAGAACCCCAGAGGUGGCGAUUUGCUUAGUGUACGGGAGAUUGCGCGCGUGCAGGGGUUUCCGGACGAUUUCGUGUUUCUGGGGCCGGUGGGGUGGCAGAGGAGUGAGGUUUUGGAAGCGUGGCCGGUGCUUGUGGGAAGGUUGGUUGCUGUUGGAGUUAGGGAGGUUGUUAGAGAGUUUGCGGGAGUUGUGGGUGUUUUGGGUAUGAGUGUGGGUGGGAAUGGGAAUGCGAAUUUGGUUCAGGGUGUGGGUGCUGGCGCGAGUACGGGUGUGAGUGCAGGUGCAAAUGUGAAUGCGAAUGUGAAUUUGAAUACAGGUAAGAGUGCAAACAGUAAUGCUGCUGCGAGUACCAGUGGUCAGCAGAAGCAGGGUCCGGCACAGAGAGGCAAGAAGAGGAACCGGGAGAGUUAA